GGCAGGCCGCACCACGUGACCUCAGCCGCGCCCCAUCGCGGCAGCAGCCCUCCUACUCCCCGUGUCUGUCCUUGCCUGUCCGUCCGGCGGCACCACGGAAUGCGGAUUCAAAAUUCAAACGCACGGCCUCUCCUCCAGUGAUCCAGUCCUCCGUCCUCCCUGCUGACGUUCUGUCACGGUCGCCGCCGUCCCUGGCCGGCUGGCCCAUCCAUCGCCCAUCCGUCCCGUCCCGUCCCCCCUUUUGAACGUUUCAAAGGAGGAUCGGAGUCAGAGCGCAGCAGCACAGGCGCACACCGUGGUCCACGGCGGCACCUCCUUGCUCUGGCUGCUCCGCCCAGUGCCCCGCUCCCGGCUGGCCCAUCCAUCGUCCAGUGAGCGCGCGUCCACGGCGGCACCUCCUUGCUCUGGCUGCUCCGCCCCCGGCCCCGCUCCCGCCUGAGCGUGCGUCACCCCGGUGGAUUGGUUGCGCACCCAACGGCUCCGCCGGCAUCGUACCGCUUGUUGGCUUGCGGGAUUGCGCGGAGUGGUUGCUGGCCGGCCGCGGCGGUGGCGGGCGGGCGCGCGCACCGAUAUAGGUGGCGACGACGACCUCUUUGUCUUUCCGUCGCUCCUUGUCUCUUCUCGCCAACCCGGCGGCAGAAAUCGAUCGGGGGGCAAGAGGAGAAGCGCGGCGCCAUGGACGCGCCCUUCUUCCACGAGCUCAGGCGGCAGGCGUCCUCCUACCUCACCGGCAAGAUCCGCUCCGCACGGCUCGCGCUCACCGACGUUACCCCGACGCAGCUGAUGACGGAGGAGGCGACGAACGGGGACGCGUCGCCGCCCAACGUCAAGACGAUGGGGCUCAUCGCCCGGCAGGCGUUCGAGAUCGACGAGUACGUCAGGAUCGCGGACAUCCUGCACAGGCGCUUCGCGGGCUUCGACCGGUGCCAAUGGCGGGAGGCCUACAAGGCGCUCCUCCUCCUGGAGCACCUCCUCACGCACGGGCCCCGGAGCGUCGCGGCGGAGUUCCAGAAGGACAGGGACGCCAUCGCCCGGAUGGCCACCUUCCAGCACAUCGACGAGAAAGGCUUCAACUGGGGCCUGACGGUGAAGAGCAAGUCGGAGCGCGUGCUCAGGCUGCUGGAGCGGGGCCCGUUCCUGGAGGAGGAGCGGGAGCGGGCGCGCAAGAUCGCGCGUGAGAUCAAGGGCUUCGGCAGCUUCAACCUCAGCAGCGCCUCGCGCGCCGUGGCGCAGCCGCCAGGUGACGACGGCGGCCGCGGGUACGGCCGGAGCAACUCGCAGUACGAGGAGCGGUGGCGGCACGACGACGGCGAUUGCGACGGCGGCCGCGGCUACGCCCGGAGAAACUCGCGGUUCGAGGAGCGGUGGAGGCGAGAGGACGGCGACGAGGGCGACAAGGAGAACCUGGUGACAAGGCCGGAGCCGCCGCGGGUCGCACGGGAAGUGGAGCCGGAGGAGCCGCACCACCGCCACCCCUUCCACGGGUUGGGCAAGCAACCGCCAGAGGCGAUGCUGCUCCUGAGCCAGUGAAACGAACUGUGUGCUGAACUGAGCACUAGGCUUUCUCCCUUCUGUCAGUGGUUUGCUGGCACGGCUUAAUGCUUGGGCACUCUGAAGUCUGUCUGAACUACUCCUGGAUGUUUAUGUUCUCAUGGUUUAUGUUCAUAUGUACUACGAGAUGCUGUCCAGCCUUGUAAAUUUCUACCCUUCCAGUUCUGAAUUCUGAUGCCAAGAUGUACUACGAGAGAACAUACAGACAAGUCCCCAGCAAAGCUCUAUAAAACUUUCACUUAGUUUUUGUGU